AUGUCGAACAUCUCGUCGUACCGUCACUUCCUGCUGGAUGGAUUCGGUGACCUCGGUGCGCUGAGGUCCGUCCUCUUCCUCCCGUUCACCGCCAUGUUUGUCGUGUCGCUGUUGGCCAACUCGCUGCUGCUGUACGUUGUCGUGUCCAACCGGAGCCUCCACUCGCCGAUGUGCAUCCUGAUCGCUGCCAUGGCGGUCGUGGACCUGAGCCUGCCGCUCUUCUUUGUUCCCAGCAUGCUGCUGAACUUCCUGUUGGGCUGGAGGAGCAUCUCUCUGAGUGGCUGCUUGUUGCAGAUGCACCUCCUUCACUUCCUGGGAGCGCUGCAGUCCACGCUGCUGGUCUGGAUGGCGCUUGACCGCUACUUCGCCAUCUGCACGCCGCUGAGCUACCACCAGCGGAUGGCGCCGCAGAGGUUCCUCUGGUUCGUGGCCCCUCUGGUGCUGAGGAACGGCGUCAUAGUGUCGCUGCUGGUGGGUCUGGCAGGAACGCUGACGUUCUGCAGGAACGUGAUCCAGCACUGCUUCUGCGAGCACAUGGCGCUGGUGGAGCUGUCCUGCGGCUGGCCCGCCGUCAACAGCCUGCUGGGGCUCCUCGCCGUCGUCUUCAUCCCCGUCACCGACUUCCUCCUCAUUUUCGCCUCCUACGUUCUGAUCUUCGGCUCGGUGCUGAGGUCCGGCCAGUCGAGCGUCCGAGCGUUGCACACCUGUGUCACCCACCUGCUGGUGAUGGCGGUCAGCCUGACGGUGGCGCUCAUCGCCUUCCUAUCGUACCGGGUCAGAACCAGCCUCCCAGCAUCCAUCCGGGUCUUCUUCAGCACCAUGUACCUGCUGGUCCCUAGCUGCUUCAACCCGAUCAUCUACGGCAUCAGAACCGCCGAGAUCCGGCAGCACAUCCUGAAGACGUUGAGGUGCUGCCUUCGAGUCCGAACCAAGACCGGACCUGAACCGACUGAACCCUAG